CUUGCCACUCGUAGACUCGUGUGAAUACACUGAGUUUGAAGCGUGAUUGCGAACGAAAGGAAAGAUGGCUCCUUUUCGCGUGAGGAACGUGCCAGCUCAUAUGAUUAGGCAUCUCCCAGGAAAACCAUCAUGUAUAAAACUUUUAAUGACUGACAAUGGUAUCCAGCUAUGUUGGGACUCUCCAGAGAAAGAAAAAGUUAGAGAAUAUGGAGUUUACAUGGCGGUACGCGGUCCAAGUUCACAAGUGUCGGGGGAAGAUAAAAGUAACAUAUGUGUAAGUGAUGAACUACAGUAUGUUUGUAUAUAUAAAGGUGCAAGAAAUAAAUGUGCAAUAACAAAAGAGCAUGUUAGUAGUGCCUACCUGCACAAAACAGAUAAUUAUGGAUUUAUCUUUAGAAUAGCUGCAAAGAAUGAGAGAGGCUAUGGGCCUGCCAUACCAGUGAAAUGGGUUCUAGGCCCAAAAGGUAAACAUAAAUCAUCCAGAAACAAGGAUUAACACCAGCAACCAUGCCAAGUGGAGGAGCUAAACUAAGUCAUUUGUGUGGAAACUUUUUCAUAGCCAAAUGUUCAUGCAAAAUAGAAUCUACUGCAAUUUUGGUGUGCUUAAACAUGUCUUUCUUAUGGAAUGUCACAUUUUGGAACAAACAACUGAAUUUUGGCUGACCUGUACAAAAUCACUAGUUUAUGGAAGCUCAACCCAUAGAGAAUUCUGCAGACCAGUAGCAAACUUCAAGAAGUUUACCAAAAGUUAGAGAAAGUGAUUCAAGUCAGUAUCAAAUGUAGGGCUUUACAAGAACUGUAAAAAAUCAUCCAAGAAGAACUUUACAGUGAAUUUUUUUUCCCUCAGAAGUGGUUCUUAAUACUCUCUCUGUAAGUAAAUCAU